GCGCGAUCUGUAUUAUAGAAAAUCACGGAAUAAUAUUCCUUCAGACAACCCGAUGAUUGGAAGCAUAUUUCAUCUAUUUUGUGCCCAGUACGUGCUUUGUGGCAAUGUUUCAUCGCUCACAUCUCCGGACUGCGAAGACCCCUCAUCUGCGUUGUGCGAUGUUUUUCCCACACUUCCCACAUUUCUUCCUGUGCCAGUGACUCCGUCAGUCAUAACAGCACCAAUAUUCCACUGUCUUGUUCCCAUUUUCGGUGCACGAUCGGCGAGUUUCAAAGUGCCCUGGACACUGAUUGCCACAUCCUGCCCAAACACCAUUGCACCAGACAGUGUCACUCGUCAGUGAGGCAGGGGUGGCUCGUGUGCUUAGAGGACAGACGGCUGUUAAGGCUAGGAGACCGAUUGACAAGAGAUUCAUCGUCGAAGACCACCUAUAACUGGUGUCAAGCUAAAUCACGGGUCUAUUGUUCGCUAGUGCCAGCGCUUAGGGUUUGCCCGUCGCAUUUGAUAUAAGUAGCUGCUGCUUAUAAUAAACCUGAAA